CCUCAAGCGCGACCUGUAUUUCAUCGCAAACCCGUCAACAACAUGUAUCCGCUGCUGUGUUGCGAGCCGCCGACUUGACGAGCUUACCUCAUUACUUCACUGAGCCCGUCAAAAUGGCGUACCUUUCCUCCUUCGCCGCCACCAAACUCACCUCUAGAACCCUAACCCUAGCCCUACUCCGCAACCCGGCCCUCCUUUUCAUCCAUGGCUUCUCAUCUUCCUUCUCAUCCGCCACCUCAUCCGAUCCCCCUCCUGCUUCCGAUCGUUCUUCGGACUCCGCUCAGGCCCGACCUCUGCGUGGCGAGCACGCCAAACGGCCGCCAUCUCUGGACGAAACCAUCUGCCACAUGAUGUUCCGUCGGCCAUGGACUACACGCCUCCAGAACUCAAUUCGCUUUAUUUGUCCUGUCUUUGAACAACCACUCGUCCUCGCCGUCCUUCGACGUGCCGGCGAUCGCGACCCCAACAGAGCCCUCAGCUUCUUCCGCUGGGUCGAGAAAACUGGCUUCCGCCACGACCCUCACACUUACUCCGAAAUCAUCUCCAUCCUCAGCCGAUCAUCCAUGCUCAACCACGCCCGAUGCCUUCUUCUCGACGACAUGCCUAAGCGCCUCGUCUCUCGUGACGAGCAAAUGUUCGUUGACCUCAUUGCCGCCUAUGGACGCGCCGGUAUCCCCCAGGAGGCCGUCAAACUUUUCCGCCGCCUCCCAGAGCUUGGCGUCGACCGCACCUUGCGAUCCUACGACGCCCUCUUCAAAGCCAUCCUCCGUCGCGGACGAGUUCUCAUGGCCAAGCGUGUCUUCAAUUCCAUGAUCCGUGAUGGUGUUCUUCCGGCUAUCUCCACCUACAACAUUCUUAUUUGGGGCUUUUGCCUCUCGAUGAAGAUGGAGACAGCAACGCGCUUCUUUUCCGAAAUGAGAGAGAGAGGAUUUUCGCCGGAUGUUGUUACCUACAAUACCCUGCUUAAUGGCUGGGUGCGAGCGAAGAAGAUGGAUGAGGCACACAAGGUGUUCGAUGAAAUUGUUACUGUUGGUCUGAUUCCUAACUCGGUUACCUACAACCUUUUGAUCAAAGGAAAUGUGUCUUGUGGAAACGUGGAUGAUGGAAUCCGGCUAUUUGAUGAAAUGAGGGCUAAGGAGAUUACGACCACUGAGCGGACCUAUGCUGCUCUGCUACCUGGGCUCUGUGAUGAUGCGGAAAGGACUGCAGCUGCCCUGAAAGUUUUCAAAGAAAUGGCAGAGAGGAAGAUGACUCCCAAGGACAAGUCCAUAUUUUUUAGAUUGAUCACAAGCAUGUGUAGGGCUGGGGACUUCCAUAGUGCAUUGGAUAUGCACCGAUUGAUGGAUAAAUUUCGGGUUUCUUUAGAUUCGAAGCAUUACAGUAUAAUGAUUGAGAGUCUCUGCAAUGGUGGAAAGUUUGAGCAGGCAGUAGAGAUGCUCAAUGAGCUCCUUGAGAAGGGCAUCUUGUUGGGACUUGAUAGUUUGCCUGUAGAAGCCUCUGCAUACAAUCCAAUAAUUGAGUACUUAAGCUGCCAUGGCCAUACUUCGAAGGCAGAGACAUUCUUUAGGCAGCUUAUGAAAAGAGGAGUUGAUGAUAAAAUUGCAUUCAAUCAUUUGAUUCGUGGACACGCCAAGGAGGGGAACCCCGAGCCUGCAUUUGAAGUCCUUAAAAUCAUGAAUCGUCGCGGAGUUGAAUCAGAUGCAGAUGCUUAUGAGCUUCUUAUAGAUAGUUUCUUGAAGAAGAGAGAGCCUGCUGAUGCUAAGACUGUCUUGGAUAGCAUGGUUGAACAAGGGCAUCUACCGAGCCCAGCUCUAUUCCGGUCGGUAAUUUCUGCACUAUUCGAUGAUGGGAGAGUACAGACAGCAAGCCGAGUGAUGAAGAUCAUGAUAGAGAAGGGUGUGAAAGAGAAUCUGGACAUGACACAGAAGAUAUUGGAAGCUCUCCUCAUUAGAGGGCAUGUUGAAGAAGCCAUUGGCCGCAUCAAUUUGAUGAUUAUGAAUGGUUGCAUGCCUGAUUUGGAUAGCCUGGUAGGCUUCCUGUGCGACAAUGAACAGCCAAUUGCAGCACUAAAGCUUGUAGAUUUUGCAUUAGAAAGAGACUAUGACGUUAGCUUCUCAAGCUAUGACCGCCUGCUGGAUGCUCUCUAUAUUGCAGAUAAGAUACUUCCAGCAUACUCAAUACUUUGCAAGAUCAAAGCAAAGGGUGGGGUAGUGGAUAACAAGGGUUGUGAGAACCUCAUUAAGACCUUGAAUACCCAAGGGCAUACAAAGCAGGCUGAUAUUCUGUCAAGAAUCCUUUCGGGAAACACUGUUUUUGAGAAGAAGAGGGCAAGAAGGAUGGAGACCCAGGCCUACUGAAAAUCCGACCGUUACUGAUUCAUAUUGGAAUUAACAUUUCUGUUCUGGAAACUAGGAUUUGCCAUGCACAAGAAGUGAAGGAUGACGAGAAAUUAUUCUGUGCGGACACUGGAUGGUCUGAAGAUUAGUCAGAAUGUGCCAUGUCACCCAGCACACAACGUUACCGAGCAAAAAAAAAAAUUACAUGUUGCGUUCUAGUUGAUCUCCGGAUGUCGUCUAGGUCUGCAAGAAGAAUAAUUUUUCCCUAAUGGCACUCUGUUGGUGCUCUAGGAUAGUACGUCUUAGGUGGCUCAAUUGAUGCUUUAAAUAAAAAUAAUAUAACCCAUGAAAUGUACCAACUUAAAUAA